GAUAUAUAUGUUUUUUCUUAUAUUGUGAUGAAGGCUAUUUAUCAUCAGUUUUGUUAUUUGUAAGUGGAUUCGUUUUGAAUAAUGCUGUCCGUAGUGCAUAUGAAUCGGUAUUUCCAAGCCAUAUUUGGAAAACAGUUAAUGUUAGAGAAGAAAGAAAAGAUACCACUGAUCCUGUAUAA